AUGCCUAUACCUCAGUUGUCCUCAAUCUUUCGCCGACUUUCCCGUAGAACAGCGCCAGCUGCUGAAUAUCAUCCGUCAGCAGAACCUUCAGCCGCCUUUUUGUACCCUUGUCUGAUGCUUCACAGUGCUUAUAUUAGCCCUUUGUCAUGGAUCGUCAAUCCGAUCAACAAAAUCGGAGCGAAGCCUCAUCUCUACCGCCGUUCCGACACAACGUCCAUCGAACUCUUCUUUGACUUGUUUUUUGUGGCAAACUUGUCUACUUUCACAGCAACACAUGAGAUCAACAACCUAAAUGCGUUGGGAUCCUACGUGGGAUUCCUCGGAGUGAUUUGGUUUACAUGGCUCCAGGUCACCUUAUUCGACAUACGUUUUGCGCAAGAUUCGGUCUUCGAAAGAACCUGCAAAGCUCUUCAACUUGCAGUGAUGAUCGGUUUCGCAUCCGCCGGAACUCGUUUUACAACCCGUGUUCGGGACGAAAAUCUCUGGGCGUUCCAAUCCUUGAGCUUAAUUCUGGCAGGGAGUCGAAUCUUGUUGGCGACUCAAUACACUAUCACUCUUGCAUUCAUGUACCAACCCAUGAAAGCCAGUGCGAAGGGCGUUGCAUACACAGCCAUGAUGUUUUGGGCCACCACGAUAUGCUACCUCGCAAUGUUUUUCGCGUUCAGCCGAGGCCAUGAAGUUCCGCCUCGAAUCUGGACCGUUUGGUUCGUCUUGUUUGGAGUUGAAAUGUGGACGGCAAUGGGGGUCUCUUGCGGUUUUCCUGAAAUUGACUUUCGGGACACCUGCCUUAAUGUCCGGAUGGGCCUUCUUACGCUGAUUAUCAUUGGCGAGGGAGUCAUUGCAGUCACUCGGAUUGUCAAUAAGACGGUGCGGCCCGGGGGAUGGACGAAAUGGUCGUUUGUCCAUAUCUUGGGGGUGACUACCAAUGUUUAUCUUCUAUGGCAGGUUUACUUUGAUCUCUCCCCAAGACGUCGACUUGGAAGACUCGCCCAGCAGAUCUGGGCGCAACUCCAUUUCCCCUUCCAUGUGGCACUCAUUUUACUGUUGGAGGGCUCCCAAAUUCUGGCUUUGACUUUGGACGUGACGUUAAAAUUAAAGUAUUUGGCACAGACAUUUCUCUUUGUGUGUGAAGAAAAUCGCCCGAGCCAAGAAACGGCGAUUGCCCUCAUUAGAAGCACCAUCACAGACAUGGAGAUUCCUUUCAGCCGGGGUGCAACGCAAGAAUGGGCAGCAAUCUCGAGUCUGUUGGAAGACCUUUCCAAUCAGCCUCUUUGUCCCGAGUCCGGGACAAUCAGUGCUCCCCACAACCUGGAUAUCUUCAAUGAUCUGAUGGGCAAUGUUACUGCAGCCCUAUUCUCAAGCAUGGACAUCACUCCACCAGUCAAGGUGGACAUUGGUCUCCUUGACAGCCACCAACUGCUACAAAUGUACAUGAAACUGUUGGGAUUUGUGUAUAUAUAUUUCUUUGCUGGAGCAAGCUUGUCGAUGGGCCUUUUCAGCGUAUUCACUGGCCUCUGCCGUCGGCACGAGCGUCGUCUGCACCUGGGUCUUUCCAUGGCAGUGAGGGCUUUACUUGCAAUCUUUCUGGCGGGUCUAGUCUCAUUUGCCAGCCACUUUCCGCUGGCCUAUUCCUUCAUGACCUCGCCGAUCAUCCUGUACGCUUUUACGCUACCGCUUCUGACUGUUCUUCUGAUUGACCGACUUUUGGACGGUCUAGCAUCCCGCAGGGAUGCAGCCGGCCGACGGAAGCGGGAAAACACCAUAGAACUAAAGCGGUCCAUUCUGACUGGCAUCGCGGAAGAUCGGGAGUCCGUUAUGGGUCCUGACCGACAUGCUUCA